AAGCCGAGAAGGUCGCAAUGCUGGGCUGGGCUGUGGAGAAGAGGCAGAUCUGCAAGCACACUCACCCCUCAAAAAAAAAGGCCAUCCCUGAAAUUUCCGAGCGGGCAAAGACGCCCCCAUGAACCAACAACCAGAACCAGGCCGCGUCCGUUGCCUCCGGCCCAGAAAAUUGUGUUGAGCCGAAAAAUCCCCCAAAGGCGCACAACGAACAAUUCUCGUGAUGCAACAUGGUCUUCAAUGUCCAUCGAGCCAUCACCACGCGACCAACCGCCUUCCCCCUCAAACCACCCAAUCUAGCCCGAACGAGACGUGGUCUGAUUCUCGACAAUUGCCAGUCUGCACCUGCCUGUGACGCAUUGGGCCUGAGCCUUAUUCUUGGUCUUGCUGGGACGUUCAAUUAAAGAUUCCCGGGUCAACGCUUGCGGCAAGCUCAGGAUUUCGACCUGCGACAAGACCACCCUUUGCUGUCGGAUUGAGACCGCUGCCACUGCAGAGCACCCUCCUCAAUCCAUCUCUGUGUCCCCAGCCCAAUUCUGCUGGGAUGGGCCAAGACGUGAGCACGCCCGAGUUUUCCUCUUGAGACUUACCCACGCUCAGAGCACGAGGCACGGCAAAGCCUUCGUGUUCGACACAUGCGUCCUUUUGCCCCUGGUCCCGCGUCAACCGGAACGAAUCAUUGCCUCAACCCAGCUACUUCUUUGUGCCAUCCACGUUGUUCAUAACUAUGGGGUUCUGCAUCCCUCAAAGCGAUCGAGUAUGACGUCGCUCAUUCGCUAUUCUUUUUUUGCCUACUUGCGUGAUUGGUCAUACGCUAACUGGCAUGAAUGUAGUCCGAGGUUACUCAGAUCGUGGUGGUUAUGGUGGGCUUGCCAGCUCGAGGCAAGAGUCUAAUAGCUGGCAAAGUCAAAAGAUAUCUUCGAUGGACGUCGGUCAACGCCGAAGUAUUCAACGUCGGCAAAUACAGACGAACCGACAAUCCCCAUCCAGAUGCCAAGUUCUUCGAUGUCAAUAACGCCGAAGGCGAGAAGGCUCGCCGCGCCGCAGCAGAGGCCGCCGUCGCCGACAUGCUGAUGUGGUUCAAGGACAAGAACAACAAGGUCGCCCUUCUAGACGCAACCAAUUCCACCAAGUCGCGACGGAAAUGGAUCCACGACAAGAUAGUCGAGGCCAACCUGCUUCACCUGUUCGUCGAGAGCAAAUGUGACGAUGAAGACCUCAUCAUGGCCAACAUUCUCGAAGUCAAGACCACGUCCCCAGACUAUAUCGGCCAGGAUCCCGAGGUGGCGGCUAAAGAUUUCCGCAACCGUAUCCGGAACUAUGAGAAAGUGUACCAGACGAUCGACGAGUCAGAGAAGCAUCUCACCUACGUGAAAAUCAUCAACAUUGGCGCGCGGGUGGUGAUCAACCUCAUCCAAGACUACUUGCAGUCUCGCCUGGUGUAUUACCUCACUAAUCUGCACAUCAAGCCACGCAGCAUAUGGCUGUCCAGGCAUGGCGAGUCUGAAUACAACCUCGAGGGCAAGAUUGGUGGCGAUGCCAACCUGUCGGAGCGUGGUGAACGGUACGCGAAGAUGCUGCCGGAGCUGGUCAAGCGCUCUGGGUUGCCAAAGGAUGCUCCUUUGACGAUAUGGACCUCGACCUUGAAGAGAACAAGCCAGACAGCGCAUUACCUGCAGGAAGAACUCGGCUGGGAGAAGUUGCAGUGGAAGGCGCUCGAUGAACUAGAUAGUGGGGUGUGUGACGGCAUGACAUACCAGCAAAUAGCUGAGAAGUACCCCGAAGACUUUCAGGCCCGGGACGACGACAAAUACAACUACCGGUAUCGUGGCGGCGAGUCCUACCGAGACGUGGUCAUCCGGCUGGAACCCAUCAUCAUGGAGCUGGAGCGAAGCGAGAACAUCAUCAUCAUCACCCACCAAGCCAUCGUGCGAUGCAUAUUCGCGUACUUCAUGGAGAUCCCGCAGGAGAAGUCGCCAUGGAUGGAAGUGCCGCUGCACACGCUGAUGAAGCUGACGCCCAAGGCGUACGGCACCGAGGUGGAGCGCUUCAAGGCCGACAUUCCCGCCGUGUCGACGUGGCGGCCCAAGGGCAGCACGGCCAAGCAUCACGACAGCGUCAGCGAGGGCAUGCCCGAGGACGUGGUCGGCGAGGCCAAGGGCAAGAACUUCGGCGCCCGUGACGGCACCCUUGUCAAGGAGAUCGACGCCGGCAGCAGCAGGCGCGAGUUGGCCGCGGGCGAGGUCCCCAAGAUCAUGAUGACCGGGUUGCCCUUGCCGUGAGGCGUUUCAGGCGGUGGGGGAGGAUGCAGUCGUGGAAGGCGAGUCCGGAAGAGAAGGAUCGCGGGAAAGGCAAGUAGAAUGGGAAUAAAGGGGGGAGGAACUAUGAGAUCUGGGAGGGACAUCAGGAUGGAACCGGGGAAUGGACCACGAGGCACCCGAAUGGAAAUAAGGAUGAUGGAUCCAGGGAUGGAUCCUAGAUGCGUUACGCCCAUUGCAUUCGAACAAGAGGAACGAGUAUCAUGCUAGAGAGAAAAUAUGACCUGGGUCUGGUUAGAGUGCAUCCAGAAUACACUUGUACCACUCGAGCUCCUUCUCCCUCCCUCUCGUCUCUCCUCUCAACAACGACCAUUCCAGCCUUUCUUUGCUGGACGUCCAACCCCCAACUUCGGCCAUAUCGUCUUCGCGGUCCCUCACCCCUAGUCUCCAGCCCAUCUUGAAACCGGAAGAUUGUUCUAUGGGAGGCACUUUCCAUCAGAGAAUGCCACGAAUGCGACUCGUGACAAUAGAAAUGCUCGCAGUAAUGUGCAGUCUCACGAUCUUCC